GGGAGAGACUGGGCUGGAGGGAGGCGCAGAGGUGGAAGACAGACUGGGAGACACGAGGGAGAGAGCAGUGUGUCUGCAAGAGGAAAAUCUGACUUGUGAAGAGCAGCUCGUGUGACCUGGCAGUACAUGCUGUGCUCUAUGGCUAAUUCUGGCUGCCUCUUGCUCUCCAGCACUGCCAUGAUCCCCCACUCUAUCUCCGGCCCCCCGGCAUUCCUCUACCUCCAGCAGGGUAACCAGGACACCUCCGCACCUCCAGAAGCAAUGGCACAACCAUAUUCUACCACACAGUACCCACAACCCCCACAGAACGGGCUUCCAGCAGAGUAUGCCACCCAGCACCCUCUUCCCACGCCGGAUUACUCCGGCCAGACUACAGUAUCGGAGCAUGCACUGACCCUGUAUACAGCAGGACAUAGUCAUGGAGACAAACCUCAAGGAAUGGAAUGGUCAGCACACAGUCUGUGCAGGGACCACAAACACUCACAGACAGAUGAAGUAUCACAGACAGACAGCAGUCAGCAGCUACAGUGUCCAGAGAGCACAGACAAGCAACAACCCAAGAGAUUACAUGUGUCUAAUAUCCCUUUCCGCUUUCGAGAUCCUGACCUCCGGCAGAUGUUUGGACAAUUCGGGAAGAUUUUAGACGUGGAAAUCAUUUUUAACGAGCGAGGCUCCAAGGGCUUUGGGUUUGUAACUUUUGAAACUAGCAUGGAUGCAGAUCGCGCGCGGGAGAAACUGAACGGGACAAUCGUUGAGGGAAGAAAAAUAGAGGUAAAUAAUGCUACUGCUCGGGUUAUGACCAACAAGAAACCAGUCAACCCUUACACAAACGGCUGGAAAUUAAACCCAGUGGUUGGAGCAGUAUAUGGACCUGAGUUCUAUGCUGUAACUGGCUUCCCAUACCCUCCUGCAGGAGCAACAAUUGCAUACCGAGGGGCACAAUUACGGGGAAGGGGCCGAGCGGUGUACAACACAUUCCGUGCCGCCCCUCCUCCCCCACCUAUUCCUACGUAUGGGGCUGUCGUUUACCAAGAUGGCUUCUACGGAGCAGAAAUCUACGGGGGAUAUGCAGCCUACAGAUAUGCCCAACCAGCAGCAGCAGCAGCUGCGGCCUAUAGUGACAGUUAUGGAAGAGUGUAUGCAGCAGCAGAUCCAUAUCACCACACCAUUGGCCCUGCAGCUACAUACAGCAUAGGAACAAUGGCUAGCCUGUACAGAGGGACUUACAGUCGAUUCACCCCCUACUAGCAAGUGAUCAGUCACCCUAAACAUGAGACCUAGACAAAAACAAUAAAUCAAACACAAAAACAUCUGGGGCGAUGGGUCCACAGAACAUGAAAGGAACGGCCAGUGCUGCCCCUUUGACCUAAUCCAUGGAAGGACAAACCUUUACCUCAACCCUGCUGACCCCCUUGUGUGUGUGUGUAUAUAUAUAUGUAUAUAUAUAUAUAUAUAUAUAUAUAUAUAUAUAUAUGUGUAUAUAUAUAUAUAUAUAUAUAUAUCUGUGCAAGAUGUACCUGUGAUCAUUUUGUAACUUUACCUUCUGUAAUGACUUUUUGUAACUGUUUAAUCUAUGCCUGAUUCUGCUCUUUCCAUAACGUCGUGGGCACAGGUUGUAUUUUAUUUUUGCCCAUUUGUAAUAGCCCUUAAUUUCAUGGAUUCAAGUUUAAAUUUUUUUACGUCUGUCAGGCACAUCUAAUGUAUAUUUACAUUUAAAAAAAAAUAUAUAUAUAUAUAUAUAUAUAUAUAUAUGAAUAUAUAUGGGUUACCAAACCAGUUAAUAUUACUCUGCUUAAUCGUUUGGGUUGUAUUAUUUGGCAGUAACCUGCUGUAUAAUGAAACGGCUCGUCAAGUCCACUUAAUAGAAAGGAGGCGGCAAGCUGAAAUGUUUUAUGCAAGCUCUUUAUAUAACUUGAACUCCCUGCAGUUCCUGCUGAAUAGCAGAGCAAUAGUACACCUACCAGAAUUUCUUACUGGCCAUAGUGCUCCCUGCCUAGCUGAAUUAUAUUCAUUAUGAUCAGAAACCAUGAGGGUUUGUUGUAAUAAACCAGAGCUAAUGUUAAAAUAAGAGCUCGCAAGAGGCUAAAUUUGACAUAAACUGUACAAGAAAGGUUUAAAGGGGACGUAAACCUAAAAAGGAAUGUUGCCUAAUGAAUCAAAAUGUAAUUCUAAGCAAAUCCAACAUGUAUAUGAAGUACAAAAUGGCAAUGUUUUUAAAGUUAUGUCAUUGCUUUGGAAAUAUUGUUAUGGCCAUUUCUGAACUUCUGAAUUGGUCGGCUUUAUGGAAAAAUGUAGCCAUAGCUCACUGCUCACCACCUCUUCCCUCGAAAUCCAACCCCUCUGCUCCUUUCACCCCUGCAAAUCCCCCACUACAUCUUCCACUGGCACUUUUUGCCCUGUAAGCCACUUGUCUGUAGAUCCUGAUACCCAGGACAGAAUUAAAGGAAGCAACAGAGGUAAAUGCCUAUGAUCAUAACAUACCACUGCCUAUGAUUAGUUCCGACCCUGAGUAUAGCAGAAGCCAUGCUUCAUCACCUGUGCUGUGGGACCAAGGUUGAGGGUGCCCAAGGCGAGCCCCUUCCUCUAUCACCUGAUAGUAGGGGAAGAAAUAACAUACCCACAGGGCUUGUCUCCUCGGCACGAAUCAGCCAAACCCCAUCCACUCAGCUUGCAUGCCUGUAACUUGCACACCUGACUUACAGAAUGGCUGAAACUAAGGAAGGCAAGCAGAAUAUGUAUGUCCCACUCAGUUACGGCUAAGGCAUGUGCCUCUUCUGCCUACCCCUAGUUCUAGCCCUAUCCUUCACGGUUAACUAGGUAGCUUGUGCUACGUUGUUUCUAACAGCAGAUCCACCAUGGCAGAGAACAGAACUUUAAAAUCAUUGAUUUUUGUAAUAAACGUAUACUGAAAAGGU